AUGGCAAACCUCGACGUCUACCAACUUCUCUCUCAGCUCAGUGUCGAAGAGAAAAUCAGUCUGCUAGCCGGCAUUGAUUUCUGGCACACUGCGCCCAUUCCGCGAUUAGGAAUCCCCUCAAUUCGCAUGUCUGAUGGACCAAACGGCAUUCGCGGAACUCGAUUUUUCAAUGGUGUCCCUGCUGCGUGUUUCCCAUGUGGCACUGCAUUGGGUGCGACAUGGGAUGUAGGAUUGAUUGAAGCCGCCGGGCAGCUCAUGGCUGAGGAAGCACGUGCAAAAGGUGCAGCUGUAGUUCUCGGUCCCACUGUGAACAUGCAGCGCUCGCCUCUGGGGGGACGAGGAUUUGAAAGCUUCAGUGAAGAUCCUGUUCUCGCGGGUUCAAUGGCAGCCGCAGAAAUCAAGGGAAUGCAAAGCCGUGGUGUUGCAAGUACCAUUAAACAUUUUGUGUGCAAUGACCAAGAAGAUGAGAGGCAGGCAGUCGACUCUAUUAUCACAGAGAGAGCACUGAGGGAGAUUUACCUCCUGCCUUUUCAAAUUGCAAUGCGAGAUGCGCAGCCACGUGCAUUCAUGACAGCAUACAAUAAAGUCAAUGGGACUCAUGCAAGUGAAGACCUCAAGCUCCUCCAAGACAUACUCCGGGAUGAAUGGGGUUUUCAUGGUUUGACGAUGAGCGAUUGGGGUGGCACUUAUUCCGUAUCUGAGGCAGUAAAUGCUGGAUUAGAUAUUGAGAUGCCCGGUCCGUCCGUAUGGCGAGGCGAGCUUGUCAAGCUAGCAUGGAAGGUCAACAAGAUUAAGUCCGAGACAAUUGAUAAAAGGGUCCUUGCUGUGCUUGACAUGAUCAACUACGCCAUCGAGGCCGGUAUCACGGGAAAUGCCCCAGAAACGACAAACGAUACUCCUGAAACUGCAAAGCUUCUUAGAGAUAUUGCUGCUUCAUCAAUAGUACUUUUAAAAAAUGAGCGUGAACUUCUUCCUCUCAAAACAGACAAAACGGUUGCUGUCAUUGGGCCAAAUGCAAAAGUAGCUACUUACUGCGGCGGUGGCUCGGCCAGCUUACGACCCUACUAUGCUGUGACUCCCUACGAGGGAAUCAGCCGUAAAUCGCAGAAUGUUGAAUAUGCCUUGGGUGCAACUUCUCAUAAACAGCUACCUUUACUCAACACGGCACUCACAUUAAGUGAUGGUCAACCUGGGUUUAAACUAAGGUUUUAUACAGAGCCCCCAACGGUACCAAAUCGCGAAGUUGUCGACGAAAAUGUGCUCGAUAGUUCGUUCGUCAAUUUAAUGGAUUAUAAAAAUCCGCAAAUCCGGGGUCUUCUUUAUUAUGUUGAGCUCGAAAGCACAUUCACACCGGAGGAAGACGGCGUGUACGAGUUUGGACUGACCGUGAACGGAACGGGCAAGCUCUUCAUUGACGGACGAAUUGUUGUUGAUAAUGCCUCCCAGCAGCGGACAGGCGACAGCUUUUUCGGCUCUGGGACUGUCGAAGAAAUUGGGUCUAUUGAGAUGAAAGCUGGCAAGACUUAUGAAGUGGGAAUGCAGUUUGGCACCUCGCCCACCCAGACCGUGGUCAAAAUGGGCGCUACGGCAAUGGCAGCCGGUGGAUUUCGGCUCGGUGGGAUGAUCAAGACCGAUCCCGAAAACGAGAUUCAGAAGGCCAUUUCUUUGGCACAGCAAGUCGAUCAGGUAGUCCUAUGUGCAGGACUCAACUCCGACUGGGAAUCUGAAGGCUACGAUCGUACACACAUGGACCUGCCAGGGAAUCUCAAUGCGCUGAUUGAUGCAGUGGCCAGUGCAAAUCCCAAUACGGUUGUAGUACUGCAGUCCGGCACACCAGUGAGCAUGCCAUGGGCAAGCAAAGUGCCUGCCAUCAUACAAGCAUGGUACGGGGGCAACGAGACAGGAAAUAGCAUCGCCGACGUCCUUUUUGGCACGGUGAAUCCGAGUGGCAAGCUUCCACUGACCUUUCCUCAUCGCAACGAAGAUAACCCAGCAUUUCUCAACUUCAAAUCAGAGCGCGGUCGAGUGCUCUACGGCGAGGACGUUUAUGUGGGUUAUCGGUACUAUGAGACGUGUCAAAAAGACGUGCUUUUCCCCUUUGGUCACGGACUCUCAUACACUACCUUUUCCAUGAGCAACCUGACUGCUAGACUCGGGGAUGACAGCAAAAACCUUCUUGUUAUUCUAGAUGUAACGAAUACCGGUCCUGUGGAUGGCGCAGAGGUGGUGCAGGUUUACGUUCGUCAGCGCGCCCCUUCAGUGAAACGUCCGUCCAAGGAGCUCAAAGGCUUUGCAAAGCCAUUUAUUCCCCACGGUGAAACUCGGCAAGUCAGUUUGACGCUGAACGUUAAAUAUGCCGCCAGCUUCUGGGACGAGUCUCGCCAUGCGUGGAUUAUCGAGCACGGCCAGUACGAUGUGCUGGUGGGCAAUAGCAGUGCGAAUGUGCCCUUGCAAGCUUCGUUUUCUGUUGCUGAUACGACCUGGUGGAAUGGGGUAUGA